AUGGCGCCAGCCGAUCCAACGUACCCCCUUUACCCCGUCGCUUGUCUGGUGGCUUCGUGUAUGCUGCUUCUCGUGCUUCUGACGAGCUUCAUUCGGCAUAGCUGGAACCUCGGAGUCGCGUUCUUGUGCUUCUGGCUCUUCCUCGAGAGCCUGAUUGUAGGCAUCAACGCCAUUAUAUGGUCCGAUAACGCCGACAUCAAGUACUAUGUAUACUGUGACAUCGCUACACAUAUAGAGGAGAUAACUCUUGUUGUCAAACCCAUGUCAACCUUCAUUAUCACUCGUCGGUUGUACUUAAUCACGAGUCUACGAUCCGUGCACCUUCCCGGACUGGCCGCAAAAAGAAGGGAGCUUGCGAUAGAAUGCACCCUAGGGCUUAUCAUACCCUUGAUCGUUGCAGGGCCUCUUUACUACAUAGUUCAAUCAUAUCGAUUUGGGGUCCUUGGGGGUUUUGGAUGCGAGACCGCUGGCGAUAAUUCAGUGCUCGGUCUCUUCAUAGCAUGGUCGUGGAGCGUGAUCUUCCCCCUUCUUUCCAUGACAGUCUACUAUCCUAGAGUGAUAUGGAUCCUCUAUUGCCAAAGACGAGACGCAAACGAGUUCUUGCAGAGCGACAACUCGGUAUCGCGAACGAACUACUUCCGCAUCUUCGCUUUGGCGAGCAUAGAUAUCUUCUUAACCCUACCAAUGGGCAUAGUGAACAUCGUGCUCUCCAUAUCGGGGUCGAUAUCCAAUACUGGAUCUUUCCCUCUGUAUGGAGGUUGGACAGCAAUCCACACCGAUUGGGAUCCAGUGGGAAUCAUGGCAGGAGCGCAGUUGGGCGGCGCGCAGGGUUACUUCUCACGUUGGACUUCACCUGUCCUCGCUUUUGCGAUCUUUGGUCUCUUUGGGGCCACACGGGAGGCUCGCGCAUCGUACUGGCGCGCGAUCCACACAGUCUGCGGCUGGGUUGGCUGCAUACCGAUGUCUGAUACGAACGGCACGGGUCCCGCACUAGGCACGAUUGAGUUGGGCGAACGACCGCGAGACUCGACUAUCGACCUUGAGAUCGGUAGUGGACGUACACCAGAAGACGAUGCAGAGAGCGGAAAGGAAGGCGAAGUUCAAGUGCUGAAGGGCGCUCUAGACGCGGAGAAGAUGGGUGGCAGCUCGCUCAAAUGCGUAGCGGACAGAGAUGAUGGGCUCGUUUUCAAAUGA